UGUCGUCACCAGAUGCUCGAGUUGUCAGAGCUUCUGAAGGAGGAGAAACAAAGUUGCCAGCAUGGCGUUUACAUUCUAUGCUCUCAUCCAAACGGCUAUUCUCUGUGUCAAUGCUGUUGCAGUGUUACAUGAAGAAAGGUUCCUUAGCAAAAUUGGGUGGAGUGCGCAACAUGGCACCGGAGGGUUUGGCGAUGACCCAUCGAUAAACGCUCAACUUCUGAUCCUGAUUCGUUCUGUCAAAACUGUUAUGAGAGUGCCGCUGAUUUUAGUGAAUUCAGUCUGCAUCGUUCUUCUGCUGCUGUUCGGCUGAUCCUUCCAGCCAUGGACUCGGACACCUUCCAAGAACCAAAAUCCAAGCCACUCUGACAUAACUGGUCCAGUUAUCUGACAGAACUAACCGAGACUGGAGAAAAACAGUGAUAUUAGCCGGACACACCGGUGUUUACACACCUCCGAGAUAGGAGCAUCACGAUCAGUAGCCUACUGAUCACGAUUAACGAUGCCAAUGCAACAUAAGGAUUAGGCUACUCAUACCAUGUGAAAGACUAAAGCACCAUGACAAACUGUACACACAUUUUUAAGCGUUUUUUAUUUGUAGGAUAUUUAACUCUACAUAUUAUAGUGUAAAUGAAUGGGACAAGUAGCUCUGUUAGACUGGUCUGAAUAUUCCGAUACCUCUCCUGGAGUAGGGCAACAUGACAUCAGGUUUUGGGAAAGUGAAAUGUUUAUUAGUAAGUAUAAGCAUUUGCAACUAAAUGUUUUUUAAUGUGUUAUACUUGUUUGUAUGCAAUAAACACGUAGCCUAUGUGUUGAAAAGA